ACAUAGUCUUCAGGCUGUAUAUCCAGUCUAGCAGAGGGCGUGCCUGCUCACUCACACACAGGAGAGCAGAGUGUGGGGAAAGAGAAGCUGUCAGCAGACGGACGUAUGGCAAGGAGGGCUCCCUGACAUUCUACACCUGAACAAGACCUUUUUUUUUUUUUGGUACUGCUGUUUCUGUUUUGUUUUUUAAGUCGCAAAAGAGAGACAGGUGACAUCCCACCCACUGCCACCCCAUCUGCAACCAUGCUUCACUCUCCUUCUCCACUGAAAACAGCACUGGCUUAUGAGUGCUUCCAGGACCAGGCCAAUUCUACUCUAGCGUUGCCCUCGGAUCACAAGCUGAAAACUAGGGGGACAGGAAAACAAAGGGUCCAGGAGCAGGUGAUGAUGACGGUGAAACGGCAAAAGCAAAAGACCUCCCUUUCAUCAGCAUCGAAUGCAGCAGGCCACUCCAACCGAGGUUCCAUGUACGAUGGUCUGGCUGAUGGUCACAGCUAUGGAACAGCCCGUGGUUCCUACUAUGCCAAAGCUCACACAGGGAGCAACAACUGGGGACAUGGGCUGUACAAUGGAACCCUCAAAAGAGAAGCCGAGAACAAACGCUACAGCUCCUACAGCCAAAUGGAUGGCUGGGGCAGCCGGAACUACAACAAGGUCUGUAGCCCAACUGUUCCUGGCAGUGAUUACUGCCUUGUGCAGACUAUGAAGAGUAGCCGGAGUGAGCCAGACCUCUACUAUGACCCUCCAAGAGGCACACUGAGGAGAAACCAGAGUGGAAGCCGUGUGAGUCACAAGACCAGUAUGCAUCGCCAUAGCCUCUACAACAGCACAAGCAACAACCAGCAUGGAAUUACAACUGCAACAAGGCCAAACAAAGUAGUUCCAGUCCGCAGCCCCUCUUGCACCUCUGCCAGCAUGGUCUAUGUACAGCCUGUUGCUAGCAGCAAGCAGGAUGCAGUCUAUGGACAGGUUAACUCAAAAAUAGUUAAUGACGAGAUGGAUUAUGGAGCAAUGACUAUUCAGAAAGCCAUCCAAUUCCUGUGUUCUUCAGAUGAGAAGUACCAUGCCAUGGGGGCUUACUACCUGCAGCACACCUGUUUUCAAGAUGAAUCUGCCAAGCAAGAGGUCUAUCGGCUUGGUGGCAUUUCCAAGCUUAUUGAGCUUCUGCGCAGCCCAGAUGAGAAUGUGCAACAGGCUGCAGCUGGGGCCCUCCGAAACUUAGUUUUCAGAAAUCCAACCAACAAGCUAGAAACCCGCCGUCAGAAUGGAAUUCGAGAAUGUGUCAGCCUCUUGAGAAGGACUGGGAGCACAGAGAUACAGAAGCAGCUGACAGGAUUGCUCUGGAACUUAUCGUCCACAGAUGAACUGAAAGAAGAUUUAAUACAUGAAGCUCUUCCUGUUCUGACUGAUCGUGUUAUUAUUCCUUUUUCUGGCUGGUCUGAUGGUGUUAGUACUAGAUCAAGAGAAAUUAUUGACCCAGAGGUAUUCUUCAAUGCCACUGGCUGUCUGAGGAACCUGAGUUCUGCAGAUGUUGGACGUCAAACCAUGAGGAACCACCCUGGACUGAUUGACUCUGUAAUGGCUUAUUCUCAGAACUGUGUGGCUGCCAACCGUCCAGAUGACAAGUCUGUGGAGAACUGCAUCUGUAUCCUUCACAAUCUGUCCUACCGCCUUGAUGCUGAGGUGCCUAAUAAAUACACACAGCUCAACCACAUGGCCAGGAACAGUUACACAGACAAAACCCUGACUGGCUGCUUCAACAACAGAGGUGGAAAACUGGAGUAUGAUGACUAUGACCUACCUCUUCCUGAAGAGGACUAUAAACCCAGAGGGUCCAGCUGGCUGUACCAUUCAGAUGCCAUCCGCACAUAUCUGUCUUUGAUGGACCAGAGCAAGAAAGAUGCUACCCUGGAGGCUUGUGCUGGAGCCCUGCAAAAUCUGACUGCAAGCAGAGGACUGAUGUCAAAUGCAAUGAGCCAGUUGAUUGGUCUAAAGGAGAAAGGUUUGCCCCGUAUAGCACGCCUUCUGCAGUCCAAUAAUGCUGAAGUAGUUCGCUCUGGAACAUCCUUGCUGAGCAAUAUGUCUCGACACCCAAUUCUACACAAAACAAUGGCUAAUCAGGUGCUCCCAGAUGUGACCCGUCUCCUGGCCCUCCAGGCUCCAGGUUCCAGCAACUAUGGGGACAUUAUGACAUCUGCUUGCUACACACUGAGGAACCUAAUCAUGUCCAACCCACAAAUGGCCAAGCCCUACCUGACAGGCAGCUUGAUAAAUAAUGUUGUAGGCCUAUGCCGUAAUGGAUCUUAUCCAAAAGCAGCUGAAGCUGCUCGGAUGCUGUUGUCUGACCUAUGGUCAAACAGGGAGCUCCAAACUAUACUAAAACAGCAAGGAUAUGAUAGAAAUAUGAUGGGAUCCUUAACAGGAAGCACUCUCAGGACCCUUUCUUCAAGGUUCUAAGAAGAUACCUUUCCUGCAUGUUUGGCUUACAGACUUUGUGACUCUUUUCUGCCUAGAGGCCUCUGCCGUCAAGAAAUUGUUUGGACAUUAACAUACACACAGAGAGAAUGUUGCCAGAUUUCAAGACACUUGUAAAACUAGGUACAAAAGCUGUAUUGCCUGGCAUAUUUUAAAAUGUUCUAAUGGCUGUUUUAAAUAUUUCUUUCAUUUUUUCUGGGGAUAGGCUGGGAGGCUGGAGGUUAAUGGUACUUGAUGUCAAUUGUUAGUAUUUUUAAAAACAAACAAACUGGGGCUUACAAUUUCGAGAGGUACAAUGAAUAAGUUAGACACCUACCUACCAACUGAUGCUAUGUUAGGAAACUUUUAAGGAGGUAGCACCUAUGUAUGUAUAUAUUUAGUGGGUGUACGUAUAUAGAGUGGGAGAAGUGGAAUUCCGGUGUCACCAAAGGCAUUUGGGUGCCAUUCCGUUGUCUAACAGUGCAAUUCAAUGUUUGUUUAUUUGGAAAACUGAGUUCACUGGGGAUUACUCCCAUGAAAAUGUGCACAGGAUUGCACAACCUAAAGGGUUGGGAGUCAGCCCCAUUGAACAUAGUGUGGCUUCCUUCUUAAUAACCAUGCACAGGAUAGUGCUUUAAGUCCUUUUUAUUCCUCAUUUUCAACAAAUUAUGUAAAAUUACUAAUACCUUAUGUGUUUCUUUCUUUGUCAGUGGUCAUUCUACAUAGAUAAUUAGUAUAGAGCUCCUGUUUUAGAUUGCUGAAAUUAUUUCUCCCUAAACUUUACUGACAUCACAGAGUUUCUUCUGCAUUCAUCUUUUUUUGGGGGGGGGGUUUGAGGGUGUGGACACCAGUUCUGCUUUCGUAUUCCAUUUUAUGGCUAAGCAUUUUUCUCCCUAUAGGUCACUUAGUUUCCAAAUCCCAAGAAGCAAAUUCAUGUCAGAUAAAUUUCUCCUGAAUUGAUUCUUGAUAGUUUUUGAAAACUUUAUUUUUAUACUAUAUAUAAGUAAUGGAUUGUGUGGAAGACCCCCAAGGUCUUACUAAGGAUAUAAUCUACCACAAGCUUCUAUGUGGCUUUUCAAAAAUAUUUGCUUUACCAAAGUCGGAUUCUUGCUAUUUCAUAAAUCCGUCAUCUGAACAAGUCUGCCGAUAUAUACUCAGAAAAAAGAAAAAUAGACGUGAUCUACUCUUUGAGAAUUCCUGUCAUGUUCACUCAGUAGCACAAACAAUUUCCUCUCACCCAAUGGAACUUUCCUCUCCUCUCCUCUGCCCUGUGGGCCCCCAAGCCCCGUUCACAGGGUCUUCCAACCCUCUGAUAUAGAUUCUGAAGAUGCGGCGGGAGGACAUAGAAUUGGAUUGGGGGUGAAGAGAAAAGGAAAGGGAAACGCUCCAUUGUGAGAGCAGAAGUCUUCUGACUUCACUUUGUACCCAGAGCCUUCUCCCAAGGCUCAUGAGUAGGAACCAAAAUGAAAUUACAGUGUUUAACAAGUAGCUAUGAAAUUGAACUGUUUCUUGUCAGACCAUUUUAGAAGCUUGGGAGGAAAGGGGUGGUGGUUUUCAUCAUUUUU